GAGAGCCUUGGACACGGGAGACCGGGGUCUUGGGCGCACCGUUUCUGCUGAGGAAAGGACGCGCGCAACAGCGCACCACCUGGAAACUAUACGCUCCGCCAAACGCACCCCCCCCCCCCCCCCCACCACUACAUUCUCUCCUCUCUUUGCCCGCUGCCACCCUCUCACCCCUCGUCCCCAUUCGUCGUUUCUGCUUCAAACCAACAGGGUUCUUUUUAUUCCACUUCAGGCUGGUGUGGACUUUAUCCGCGACAUAAACUGAUCAUGCGAUGACUGAGCGCGCUUUUGGACAUUACAGGAGGUGAAUGAUGGCCGAGGAUGGGGGAAAUCUCUCCGGCACCCCCGACGCCCGGGGCUCGGAGGGUCGCUCUUCGCUGCCGAGGACUUUCAUCCGGCUCAACGACCUGUCCGGCGUCGGGACGGGCGCCGGGGAGCGCGGCGAAGCGGCCGUGGCGGCGGAGGUGGCUUCGGCGGCGGGGCCCGCGUCCCCGGCGCCCGACGGGAUCUCCACAGCCGGGGAUGAGACGUCGGCGAGCGGCGACGAGAACCUGCCCUACCCGGCCAUGGCCCCCGUGAUCUUCUUCUACCUGAAACAAACCACCCGGCCCCGCAGCUGGUGUCUCAAAUUGGUCUGCAACCCGUGGUUCGAGCGAGCAUCCAUGCUGGUGAUCCUGCUGAACUGCGUGACGCUGGGCAUGUUCCAUCCCUGCGAGGACAUCGUCUGCAACUCGGAGAGGUGCAAGAUCCUACAGAAAUUUGAUGACUUCAUCUUCGCGUUCUUUGCCAUUGAGAUGGUCAUCAAGAUGAUGGCCCUGGGGAUUUUUGGCAAGAAGUGUUACCUCGGAGACACGUGGAACCGCUUGGACUUCUUCAUAGUAGUGGCUGGGAUGCUGGAGUACUCGCUUGACCUGCAGAACGUCAGUUUUUCGGCGGUGAGGACAGUUCGCGUGCUGAGGCCCCUGAGAGCCAUCAACCGAGUGCCAAGUAUGCGCAUCCUGGUGACCCUGCUGCUGGACACUCUGCCCAUGCUGGGCAACGUGCUGCUGCUCUGCUUCUUCGUCUUCUUCAUCUUCGGCAUCGUGGGCGUCCAGCUGUGGGCCGGCCUGCUCAGGAACCGCUGCUUCCUCGGAAACUUUUCCUUCCCUCUCUCUGUGGAGCUGGAGAAAUAUUACCACACCAAAAACGACGACGAGAGCCCCUUCAUCUGCUCCGAGCCCGGGGGGAACGGCGUGCGGGACUGCGGCUCGGUGCCCGAGGUGUACGAGGAGGGAGGCCUGCGGUGCACCCUGGGCUCGGAGUUCCACAACAGCACGGACAACACCACCUGCGUCAACUGGAACCAGUACUACAACAACUGCACGGCCGGUCUGGUCAACCCCUUCAAGGGAGCCAUCAACUUUGACAACAUCUGCUACGCGUGGAUCGCCAUCUUUCAGGUGAUCACUCUGGAGGGCUGGGUGGACAUCAUGUACUUUGUGAUGGAUGCGCACUCCUUCUACAACUUUAUCUACUUCAUCCUCCUCAUCAUUAUUGGCUCCUUCUUCAUGAUCAACCUGUGCCUGGUGGUCAUCGCCACGCAGUUCUCGGAGACCAAGCAGCGGGAGAGUCAGCUGAUGAAGGAGCAACGGGUGCGCUUCCUGUCCAACGCCAGCACCCUGGCCUCCAUCUCCGAACCGGGCUCCUGCUACGACGAGCUGCUCAAGUACCUGGUGCACGUCGUCAACAAGGGGGCCAGACAGGUGGGCCGUGUCUGCAGGCUGUUGGCUCGCCGCGCCGGCCUCAAUAUCGCCGCCUCACCCCCACCCGCGGAGCCCCAGCGCAGCCAGAGGCGGAGAAGGAAGUCCUCCAGGCAGGGGUCGGUGUCGCUCCAUCAGUUGGCGCACCACCACCAUCACCAACAUCAUCACCUUCACCACCACUACCACCUGGGCAACGGCAGCGUGCGAGGCGCGGCGGGCGCGCAGUGUCUGGAAGGUCGGGAUUUUGAGGCCGGUGCGCAUAACGACAACGGCGGGGCCCUGGUAGCAGCCACCGGCGCCGGGCAUCUGGCUGUCGCCCUGCCGCCUUCGAUGGCAGCGUCCACCUCUGACACGGACCUGGCCAAUGUGUCCAAACUUCCCGAGGGAGCUGCCAGUGCAUCCUCAGUUCGCAGUGUGUUCCUCAUAGAAACUCUGCGCUGCGGCCGCUCCCCGACCACCAACCCGGGGCCGACACCGGGCCCCUCAUCCGCUGCCCCGGGUCCCACGACGAGGCCAAUGAAGAGGAACUCUGUGCCUUUUGCCGCUCCGGGGCCUAAGAACUACCCCACGCUGCAGGCUCGAACCCUGGCGGAGUCCCGGCGAGGGAGUGCUGCCGCCAGCACUCUGACGAACAUGAGCUUCAACUUGAACAUCCCGCCCGUGUCCCUGGAGAGACGGCCAUCGGGCCUGGUGGACACGCACAUCUCGGCAGCCCAGCUCUCCUGCCAGCUGUCGGCCCGGGACCUCGGCGCCGCCGCCAGCAGUGGCGCGGACGCGGCCGCCGUGGCAUUUGACCCCGAGAGUUGCCCCUACUGCGCCAAGGCCCUUGCCAACGAGUCAGAGGGCAACGAGACCCCCGGAGACUCCGACAGCGAAGGCAUAUACGAGUUCACCCAGGACCUCCACCACAAGGACAGGAGGGAUAGCCGGCAGCCCAAGAAGCAGGAAUGCAGCCUGGGCAGAUCGGCGGGGAAGGUGGUGCACUUCUGGAGGCUGGUGUGCGACACUUUCAGGAAGAUCGUUGACAGCAAGUACUUUGGACGAGGGAUUAUGAUCGCCAUUCUGAUCAAUACUCUCAGCAUGGGGAUCGAGUUCCAUGAGCAGCCCGAGGAGCUGACCAACGCGUUGGAGAUCAGUAACAUUGUGUUCACCAGCCUGUUCGCUCUGGAGAUGCUGCUGAAGAUUUUGGUCUACGGGCCCUUCGGCUACAUCAAGAACCCCUACAACAUCUUCGAUGGAAUCAUCGUCGUCAUCAGCGUGUGGGAGAUCGUGGGUCAGCAGGACGGCGGUCUGUCGGUGCUGAGGACCUUCCGGCUGAUGCGGGUGCUGAAGCUGGUCCGCUUCAUGCCGGCCCUGCAGAGGCAGCUGGUGGUGCUGAUGAAGACCAUGGAUAAUGUAGCCACCUUCUGCAUGCUGCUCAUGCUCUUCAUCUUCAUCUUCAGUAUCCUGGGGAUGCAUCUGUUUGGUUGCAAGUUUGGAUCCGAGGGGAAUAGUGGAGACACCGUGCCCGACAGGAAGAACUUUGACUCCCUUCUCUGGGCCAUAGUCACUGUCUUCCAGAUCCUGACCCAGGAGGACUGGAACAAGGUGUUAUACAAUGGCAUGGCCUCCACCACUCCUGUAGCCGCCCUCUACUUCAUCGCGCUCAUGACCUUUGGCAACUACGUCCUCUUCAACCUGCUGGUGGCCAUCUUGGUCGAGGGUUUCCAGACCGAGGAAGUGUCCAAGCGGGACGACGUGCAUGUCCAGCCGAGCGUUAUUCAGCUGCCCGUAGACUCAGGGGGCGAUGCGUCUAAUUUGGGCUCCGAGAUCGAUUCCUGUGCGCGAAGCAUGGAGGACGUCAACGGCAGCAAGAAGGAUCUAUCCGCCUCUCCAGUAGUGCCCGUAAACGGCCACGUGGACCUGAAGACCAGUCUGACUCCGCCUCUAAUCACCCACACGGCUGCCACCCCCAUGCCGGUGCCCAAGUUGCCCGCCGCAGGGGACGCCGCCUUGAGCUACGAGCCUCGCCGAGGCAGCAACGUCUCCGUGGACCAGGCCUGCUACGACAAACCCCCGGCCGGUGCUCAGAGCUCCUCCCCUAAUGCCCCGUGGAGCUCUGGGAGCGGCUGGACCAGCCGCCGAUCCAGCUGGAACAGCCUGGGCCGCGCGCCGUCACUCAAGCGACAGAAGAGGCAGUCUGGGGAGCGGCGGUCUCUCCUCUCCGGGGAGGGCGGCUCCAGCUCCGACGAAGGUGGCGGAGAAGGAGAAGGAGGAGGGUUGAUGGAUGAAGACGACGCCUCACUGGUCGGGACGGACUCCGCGUCCCAGUCCCAGAGACGGCCCCAGCACCGGAGGAUGGAGUCGGUGGAGACUCGGAGCUCCCUGGAUUUGCCCCCCGAUGCUCUGCUGCAGGUGCCCUACUUGAACCGCUCAGCCAGUAUGCACAGCUCCAGGCCCCCCUCACAGGGACAAUUACUGCCCCAGGAACACAGCGGCUGCAAUGGGAAGGGCUCUCCGUCCACCCUGGACCCCUCUCACGUCUCUCUGGAAGACACCACGGAAGAGGAAAAUGCCGAGGAGGAGGCCAACCUGAGUCGUUUUGCCAGAGUGGUCCGCUGGCUGGAAAAGAAACAGCCAGAGUGGUGUCGACAGAGGGACACCUGGUCACUCUACCUCUUCCCUCCAGAAUCGAGGUUCCGAUUUCUGUGCAACAGGAUCAUCAACCACAAGAUGUUUGACCAUAUUGUUUUGAUCAUCAUCUUCCUCAACUGCAUCACUAUCGCCAUGGAGAGGCCUCGCAUCACCACUAUUGAGCGGAUCUUCCUAAAGUUGUCCAACUACAUCUUCACGGCGAUCUUCGUGGCUGAGAUGGCUAUAAAGAUUGUGGCUCUGGGCUGGUGUUUGGGGAACAAGUCCUACCUGAGGAGCAGCUGGAACAUUCUGGAUGGGAUGCUGGUGUUGAUCUCCGUCAUCGACAUUCUGGUUUCCCUCCUCUCCAACUCUGGUACCAAGAUCCUGGGCAUGCUCAGAGUGCUGCGGCUGCUGAGGACCCUGAGGCCCCUGCGGGUGAUCAGCAGAGCCCCGGGGCUGAAGCUGGUGGUGGAGACUCUGAUGUCGUCGCUGAAGCCCAUCGGCAACAUCGUGGUCAUCUGCUGCGCCUUCUUCAUUAUCUUUGGCAUCCUGGGAGUACAGCUCUUCAAAGGGAAGUUCUUCGUUUGUGUCGGAGAUGACAUCAUGAACAUCACCAACAAGUCAGACUGUUUGCUCAACAAAAACAAAUGGGAGAGACACAAAUACAACUUUGACAACCUGGGACAGGCUUUGAUGUCUCUGUUUGUUCUGGCAUCAAAAGAUGGCUGGGUUGACAUAAUGUAUAACGGACUGGACGCUGUCGGAGUUGACAAACAGCCGGUAAUGAACCACAACCCGUGGAUGCUGCUCUACUUCAUCUCCUUCCUGCUGAUCGUGGCCUUCUUUGUGCUCAACAUGUUCGUUGGCGUCGUGGUCGAAAACUUCCACAAGUGCCGGCGCCACCAGGAGGCCGCCGAGGCCAAGCUCCGGGAGGAAAAGAGACUGAAGCGCAUGGAGAAAAAGAGACGGAAUUUAUUGGUUCCUGGGGUGAGUUGGGCCCUCUCUCAAGGCACACUGAAAGAAGCUCAGAGUAAGCCCUACUACUCAGAUUACUCCCCCACUCGCCUUGUCAUCCACAAGAUGUGCACCAGCCAAUACCUGGACCUGUUCAUCACCAUCAUCAUUGGGCUCAACGUCAUCACCAUGUCCAUGGAGCACUACCAGCAGCCCAAGGAAUUGAAGAAGGCACUGACCAUCUGUAACUACAUCUUCACCAUCAUCUUUGUCCUGGAGUCUGUCUUCAAGUUGGUGGCCUUCGGCCUACGGCGCUUCUUCAAGGACAAGUGGAACCAGCUGGAUCUGGCCAUCGUGCUGCUGUCCAUCAUGGGCAUCAUCCUGGAGGAGAUUGAUGGCAACGCACUGCCCAUCAACCCGACCAUCAUCCGCAUCAUGAGAGUGCUGAGGAUCGCACGAGUUUUGAAACUCUUGAAGAUGGCGGUUGGGAUGAGAGCUUUGCUGGACACCGUAAUGCAAGCCCUGCCUCAGGUGGGGAAUCUGGGUCUUCUCUUCAUGCUUCUCUUCUUUAUUUUUGCAGCGCUCGGGGUGGAGCUGUUUGGUGACUUGAUCUGUGAUGAAUUACAUCCAUGUGAAGGUCUGGGGCGCUAUGCAACGUUCAAAAACUUUGGGAUGGCCUUCCUACUGCUCUUCAGAGUUUCCACUGGAGACAACUGGAAUGGAAUAAUGAAGGACACAUUAAGGAACUGCGGCCAGAACAGCACUUGCUACAACACCGUGGUCUCCCCCCUCUACUUUGUCUCCUUCGUUUUGACCGCUCAGUUUGUCCUGGUCAACGUCGUCAUUGCCGUACUGAUGAAACACCUGGAGGAGAGCAACAAGGAGGCCAAGGAGGAGGCGGAGUUGGCCGAGGCGGAGCUGGAGCUGGAGCGCCAGGUGCAAGGGGGAGACAUGGCGACGAGGUCGCCCCAGAUCAACCCACUGGCAAGGGCCACGGACAGGUUGAGCUCAGGGAGUUCCCCCUUGAGGGCCGCGGGCGUAGGGUGCGUGGACCAGGAAAGAGAGUGUCCUAUGGGCCUGCCCACUGCUGAUAUAACCAGAGACUCUGUAAACAUCAGAGCAGACCCCCCUUCGAGCCUGGAGCCCACGCUGGAGUUUGUCCAGCGGAGAGCACAGUUUGACUCGGUCUCCCUGGUCAUCCGGGGUUCAAUGGAGGGAGAGUUGAGUUUGAUGGACAACCUGUCCGGCUCCAUCUGCUACUUCUACGCGCUGCCCGCCAGCCACCGACACAGCAGGCACUGCAGCGACAAGAAGCCGGAGCAGCUGGAUCCUGUGGAGCCGCUGGAGGAAAACCUGCUGAGUGUCAGGAAGCCCGCGGUGGGACGCACACACUCCCUGCCCAACGACAGCUACAUGUUCUUUCCCCUGCAGCCAGUGGGCAACGCGGGCCCGACUCCAGCAGGGACACAGGAGCCUCAGCGCAUACUAGGAACCCACAGCGGCCAAUCAGGUUCCAGCAGCUCAGUGCGUUCCCAACCAGAGGAGCGUUCCCAGCAGCUCAACGUCCCCGCAGACCUCUUCAGACCCAUCAGCCCCAUCGGCCAAUCCGACUCGGAGAUCAUACCGCGCCUCCCCCCCCCCAGACGCGCACACACGUUCAGUCGAACGCUCCGCAGACAGGUCGCAGUGUCUACUGAUUCUCAGGAGGCCCUGUGCUCAGACGGAAGGGACAGCAACGAGGGACUCGUGAACGUGGCCUCUCUGGGCCCCCCUCCAUCCCCCUGCUCUCAUCAUUAUCAGCAGCCUGCUCUGUGCCGGGUCCCCGGCGCCUUGCCUAAACCCUUGCGGCCCAGCAGCGUGCACACGCAGCUUCAUGACCAGCACUGCCUCGCCGCCCAUCUCCCUACCUCCCCCUCGCCUCCCCCGCUCUUACCAGCCAGGCCGCGCCAACCGGAGGAGGCCUCGGUGGAUCAGGAGGUGUCCCUCAUCACCGAUGCAGCGUUGGCCGGCAGCGACGACGUGACAACGGAGGCCGGAGGCCACGCAGGUGCUGAGGCCUACAGCAACGGUGCCGGCUGCCAGGAGAGCCGCAGUCCGAGCCCGAGGCCGCUGAAGAGGUUCCACAGCGCCGAGACGCACGGCCCGAGCGGCCCGCCGCCACGCCCCCGCCCUUACUCCUGGUUGGACGACCCCCAGUGUAACUCUGUUGAGGCGCGCUCCUCGGCAAGCUCCAGCCCCCGGCGCGACCCCACGUCCACCUCCUCUGGCUUCGUGUCGCGUGCCAAUAGCCUGCAGAUCCACAGCCAGAACCCCGCUCCGAGCUCGCUGCCGUCCCCCCGACACAAGAAGAAGAUGAGUCCGCCGUGCAUCUCUGUGGACCCCCCUGACAGACAGGAGGGCCCCUACCCGGGCAUGGGGCUGGGGGGUUUAGGAAUGCCCCCUCCUCUGCCCAACAGGGACACCUGCCUGAGGAGGAGAGCGCAUUCCAUGGACUCCAAGGACUCCUUUGACAUGGGAGUUGGAGAGGGUUCGGGACAGGACGGAGGCUCGCCAAGCCCCAACGCCAAGCUACUGACUCUUCCUAAAGAAGACAAGCCCUGAGCACUGAACACUGAUACGGCAACACGAGGAGACACACAAACACGCACACAGCUGGACGAACCAUUCUCACACACAACACACACGAUGCACCCUGUGUAUCUGUGAUGGUGAUAGUUCUAGUAAUAAUGCUGUAGAGAGUAAUAAAGGUCAAACUACAACAAAUGGUAAAAACAUCCUUGGUUUCAUAAGGAGUGCAGUACUGUAGUAGUGUGACCAUUUCUUGUCUUUGUAUUGUUACUGCCAAAAGAGUCAGAGAAGAAGAGAACACAGGAAACAAAAAAUCAAACAUGACUGUUUCUCUUUUGCUACGUCUGCAUGCCACUGGCUGCAGCUUGACCCCAUAACCUCUGGUGUGACAUCAGCCCCUGUGAUUUGGCGCCCUCUGAACUACCCGGUGUUACACAGGAGCGGCUUUGCCCGGUCAGUGGAGGUACAAAGCAAUAUGAACGUUUUAGAGACACUAUUUUCUUAAAUUAUUGGGCCAUUGUGUUUGUACAGGGUGUUGUUUAUUUUUAUUUCAUUUGAAUGUUUUUUUCAUGCAUUUUAUGUGCUUUUUCUUUUGUCAAAAUGGUUCGUCCUUGUCCUUUUUUAAUGUAGGAUAUUUCUAUCUUUCUUGGUUUACUGAGGAAAGUGGACGUUUUUGUGCUGAAAACCAUGUAUUUGUAGGAAUAAUAUAUAAAUAUG